CCAAUCAGUGCCGGGAAAUUGUUAACCCGAAAUCACUCCAUUGGUAAAUUGAAGAAAUCAAGCAUAAUGAGUAAUCUUUUCAGAUAUUUAAGAACAAAGUUGGAAGGGACAAGAUUGCAAAUAAAGAUAACUAGUCGAACCAGGAAGCAACUCGGGGCUUCUGCUGGAGGAAAAGAGGGAUUAGCUGCUUCUUUACAAGAACUAACGCAAAGAUCACCACUCUUCAAACAAAUUGAAGAAGAUGUUGAGAAAUAUGGCAAGACGAUACUGGAACUGAAAGCAGCCAUUAACUCUUUUGAGACGAAGGACAUGGAUGAGCUCGUUAAGUUCCAACAAGAUAAAGAUUACAUCCUUGAAGAUCUAACGGAUGAAAGUCAGGUGCUUGCAAAGUUCGAGGAUUUCCCCACCAAGAAAUUGGAAACGAUAAGGGCAGCCGCCGUGCCGCGUUGUUAUCUGAAGCAAACUCCAUAAUUUCUAAAUUAAAGAGUUGGGAAGU